AGCGCCCGGGGGCGGGCAGGCUCCAUGUCCCUCCUCCCGACGGGCGGAGCGGGCCGUGUCCCGUCACUUCCCGCGGCCGGAAGGUUCCAGAGGUUCCAGCGGGAGCCGCCAUGGCCGCGGCGCGGGAGGAGCUGCAGAAAGAUUUGGAGGAGGUUAAAGAACUGCUCGCGAAGGCCACGAGGAAGCGGGUGCGUGAUGUCCUGCUGGCAGAGAAACACAAGCUGGAGAUGGAAAUCAAGAAUCAGCCUCCGCCCAAGCCAAAAGAUGUGGCAGAGGAGGAAAAGUCGUCGCUGGGAGGGUACACGGUGAAAAUAAACAAUUACGGUUGGGAUCAGUCAGAUAAGUUUGUGAAGAUUUACAUCUCUUUAAAUGGUGUCCAGAAGCUUCCAGCUGAGAAUGUGCAGGUGAAUUUCACAGAGAGGUCAUUUGAUCUGCUGGUGAAGAACCUGAAUGGGAAGAACUACACCAUGACCUUCAACAACCUCCUGAAGCCCAUCUCUGUGGAAGGCAGCUCUAGAAAGAUAAAGACAGACACGGUCCUUGUGAUGUGUAAGAAGAAGCGGGAGGAAAAAUGGGAUUGCCUCACUCAAGUGGAAAAAGAAAGCAAAGAGAAAGAGAAGGCUGCCUACGACACCGCCGAUCCCAGCGAGGGGCUCAUGAACAUUUUAAAAAAGAUGUACGCGGAAGGGGACGAUGAGAUGAAGCGCACCAUCAACAAGGCCUGGGUGGAGAGCAGAGAAAAGCAGUACAAAGGGGACAUUCCAAUGGAUAUCUGAAAGCACUCUGAGGGCCGCCUUAAUACUGAUCUUCCAUGUGAGACACGCUGUGCUGCAAAGAUCAUCGUUUACACGACCUUCUUCCAAGCAAAGACAGUCAUUUUCCAUUUCAGGUUGGAGAAAAUAUUUAAAUAAAAUAGCUUAUAAAGCAUUUCCUUCA